UUUUUGGAUGUCAUGUUUAUAUAUCCGUGAGUCUCUGAACUGCAACCAUUGCACAAGCACUCUACACUGUUGCAAAAUGGCGAAAGGAAGUUCUGUACUCAGAAAUAUCUUCGCCUUCUUUAACUUGCUUUUUGCGCUUGCAGGUGUUGCUGUUAUCAUCUUGGCGAUUGUUCUCCAUGUCCAGAUUUCUAACGUGCAGGAGUUUGAAAAUCUCAGUGGAGUCGUCGUCUUGUACGUGAUUGGCUUCAUCACUUUGGCCAUCUCGUUCUUGGGAGCUUACGGGGGAUUCAGACAAGUCAAAUGGAUGCUGGUUACGUUCCUGGUGCUGAUGUGCAUUGGCUUCCUGAUCAUGCUUCGCCUGUCUGUUGUCCUUGCCAUCGGCCAAAAUAAGGUUGGCGACUAUAUGCAGGAAGGACUAAGCCGACCCGGGUUGCUACCAUUGGAUAAAACCUCAGAUGACCUACAGGAAUUCAUGAAUACAAUUCAGCAAAAUUACCACUGCUGCGGUCUCUUCAAAGGAUAUGAGGACUGGGGUGAGCAUGUGCCUUCAUCCUGUGACUGCACCUCAGAGGAGGACCCUACACCCAACGAUGUCUGCGUAGCCAUGCCAAAGAAUAUCUAUGAGACUCUGCUUCUCCAGCGUGAGAGAUCCAAUCGCAUGGUGUAUAGCCAGGCAUGCGGUCCCCUUGGCGUGGCUCUGAUCAUGAAAGUCUACGUUGUUGUGAUGGGAAUCUUCUUUGGGCUGACUGCUCUGACUGGUUUGGCCGUGGUGUUAUCUAGCAUUCUGAUUGCCCAGAUCAACAGGAGUCGGGCCUCUGGAGCUGUAACUGGAGUGGUGCUCCCACCUACUCUGAUGUUCAGCACACCGGGUCAGAUGAAAUACAACCAGCUGGUCAACGAGCCGUACCACUAGUAGGGCCUGUCUGACCGGGGGUGCGUUUCUCAAAAGUGUAGUUGUUAGCCAGAUAGCAACUUUGGUAUUUGCCAAUGGGUAAUUGCCAAUGGGUAAUUGCAUUGCAAACAACAAAGUAGCUAAUGUAGUUAGCAACUAUGGUUUUGAGAAAUUCUGUCCCCUGGACAUGCGUAGUGACGUGAGCCAUUUUAGGCACUCCAUUUUAAAGUUUGCACACGUAUACACUUGCCUACGUAUCCGAUACGACAACGCACAGCAUUGUAAUGCCCCGUCCAAGCAGACGGAGGGAUAGACCAAAUACAUACUGCUUUUGUUAAGGGAAUGCGUUUUGUUGCGUUUUGAAUGUGUUUUCUUUAUAUUUGCAAUUUGAGGAUGUAUAUUGUUUUACUACUGAUUUUUUUUAACUGUAUUUUGUGGCACGUCUUCAUUACCUAUCUUUCUUUAUGCUGGGUAUUUUACAAGUUGUUCUUUUAUCAGAAAAUAAGACUUGAGUACUUUAUAUGUCUGAAAUAAAACCACUGGAUUACA